AUGGUCGCGCCGGGCCGUGGAGGAGGCCAGAACCAUACCUACAGCCAGAGCCAGGCCAACAUCAAGCAGGCCCAGCUCACUAGCGCAUACCAAGAGCUGGCGAGAGAGCUGGGCAGCGAGAAGCUCAAGGUAGUGGGCGGGUAUACGCUUGGUCGGGUCAUUGGCGAGGGCUCCUACGGCUCUGUGCACAUAGCUACCCAUCGUCUGACUGGCCAUCGCACGGCAAUCAAGAAGGUCCCCAAAUCGUUUACCCCCCACCUCACUCGCGAAAUUCAUCACCAUCGGAGAUUGCACCAUCAGAACGUCGUCCAUCUGCACGAAAUCAUUGCGACAGAAUCGCACAUAUGGCUCGUAACAGAGUUGUGCAGCGGAGGCGAGCUGUUUGACUAUCUGGUGGAGAGGGGGCGGAUGCUGGAGGGAGAAGCGAGGAGACUAUUUGGAGAACUGGCUGUGGCGGUUGGCUGGAUGCACAAGGAGGGAGUUGUCCAUCGGGAUUUGAAGCUGGAGAAUGUGCUUUUGGACGGGGAGCUGAGGAUCAAGCUAGGAGAUCUUGGGUUUGCCAGAGAAUGGCAGAAAGGCAGACUUAUGGACACAUACUGCGGUACAACAGGCUACGCUAGUCCUGAAAUGCUCGCCUGCCGCAAGUAUCUCGGCGUGGAGACAGACAUCUGGUCGCUAGGCAUCAUACUCUAUAUCUUGCUCUGCGGCGGGUUGCCGUUCGACGACGACGAUGAGAGGGUCAUGAAGGAACUCAUCCGAAAGGGCGAGUACGAGGAGCCAGAUUGGCUCAGUGAAGACGCUCGCGCGUUGAUACGCGGGAUGCUGCAGCAGGAUCCUUCCGAUCGCCUAACCAUUGAAGAGAUCCUCACCCACCCCUGGUUUGAAAAGACACUUGUCGAUAGAGCCUUCCCGAACGGCGAUUCUCACUCCAUCCCACCGUCUCCCAACCCAGCUAGCCCCCAAGGCAAUCAUUCCCAAAGCGACGAGUUUUUUGCGGAGAAUGCCAUUCAACUGAAUGCUGCCCGUCACUUGACGGCGUCUCAUGCCAAGCCUUCACCUUUGUCGACCAAUCUCCCCACAACACCUGUGAAGGAAGAGUCGGAGCCUUCUGGAAGUAGCGCAAACGGAGACAGUCUCUCUGGGAGCCUGAUCGGCACCACUCCGCCAACGACUACGGAAGAGGAUGCCAUUGUCUUGCCCCGCCACAACAGCGCCGAGUUUAGCACGACCGAGAAAGAGUUGGAACUAUUGCAUAGAUCCAAUAGCCACACGUCCACCAUCAGACAGGUGUCGACCACCCCCUCAAGACCUGGUUCAAUCUCGCGGGGCAAAGCAUCAUAUAAAUCUUCUCUCGAUGGCCAAGUUGAAGAGGACGAGCAGGCCGAGAUACUUGAUGGUCACACCAGCUUGCCGCUGAUAGACGAGCAUCUUCAUCUCAACGUCGCUCUUCAUUCUCGCACCCCCUCUCGAACGAAACGCCGUUCCGUCUCUUCCACGCUUUCCCUUGAGCGCCGUUUCUCUCAUCAUUCAGUCUCUCCGUCCACCCAAUACGUGACCUAUCCCCCCGAAGACUAUUUCGCCAAGCUGAACGAGACUCGUCCCCCGCACUUCUCAACGCCUUCUGAAAAGGCAUUGUUGAAUCAGAUGCGGGAUAUGGGGAUAGAUAUUGGACAGCUAAGGCAUAGCGUCGAAACGGAGGCUUGCGAUUCAAGUGCUGGCAUAUGGUGGAUACUGCGUGCCAAGCAGGCGGAGAGGGGCGAAACGGACCAGGUCAUCCUGGAGCGUGAGAAGGAGAGAGUGAGGAAGAGGGAGAAGGCGGUAGCGAUUGCCGAAAAGAAACGGGCAAGAGAGGGAAAAUCAAAGGAACGUGAUGCGGAGAAAGCAGAGGAGGUCCGGUUGAUUGAUCAACCAAUGACCAUACCCGUGACCCCUUCGUUUGGCCCGAUCGACCUUGGGCCGCCGGUAAGCAGUGCAAGGAUUGAAUCGCCGGAGCCGAUCAUUGUGCCGGGUGAUUCACCUGGUAUCGAGAUGGCUACGAUCAGCAAACCUUCUCUCGGCAUCAGCAUCAAUGCUCCCAUCUCGUCGACGACCGACGUUCCCGAUUCGCCGGUGGGAAGGCGAAAUCCCUCUCCCGAUUCUCCACAGAAGGACAGAGAACGACUCAAGUCCAGGAGCCCGUCGAUGAACAUGCUUCAACGAGCUACUUCGGCUUUUGCCAGCAACAAAAAGGGUGAAGAAAAAGAAAAGGCCGAUAGGAAUGCCGCCGAUUCAGAUUCUAUGGGGGCCAGGGACGAGAAGGGCAACGCGGUGAACGGGAGUGGAAGCUUGAGUGGUUCGCCAACCAAGCUGCGAAAAUCGAACCCACUAGUGAAACUGCCGAAAAGCGAGAGCGAUGGGUUACUAAGUGCCGGUGCCAGUCAGCAGGCUUCUCCGGCGCCGUCUGGAUCUAAGACUAUCACUCCAGGAUCCUCGCCUCAACGAGUCACGCCUCAUGCGACACCCAGAGCCGCAUAUGAAGCGCGGGACUUCCAUGAAGAAGAGACCUCUGUGGCGACACAGAUGACGGAAAUGGGCGAAGGCUCCAACUCUUUCGGCAAGGGCAAAGGCGGGAAACGAGACAGCAUUUGGAAUACAUUCCGGCACCUCUUUCACGAAGAUCGCCGUCGUCGCAAGCGCGAAGCUGCCAUUCGCUCUCCACUAUCCUCUGAAAUUAAAGUGCCUCCGGCCGUCAUCCUCUCACGCGGUCCCAACUCGCGCACCCCCGCCAAACGUUUCGGCCCUGGCCCCAGCUCACGCCGAACCUCUCUAGAUGGCGUUGGUGUGGGCGGGAGGCCGGCCUACUUUAGGAGGUCAAGCAGCGUGAAUUCUCGGAGAAGCUCGAUGGGGAGCAUGCAGUUGGAGCACCCUCACCCGCAUAUUGCAGAGCUGGGGAGAAGACGUAGUGGACGGAGUCACGGGAGUCAAACGCCGACUAGUGAUAGAGAGUUUGUGGAUCAUCCCAUCUCACGGCCCGGCUCAUCACAUUCGCUCCAUCGUGGUGGCAGUAGGCGUUCGUCCAUGUCGAUUCGGUCACCCAGUCUGACCUCUGAAACGUCCACCAGAUUCAAAAACCCACCCCAAUCGCCACUGCUAAGCUACCGCCGACGACCGGCUGGCGGGAACGACUCGAGCCGUGUUCGUCAUAUCAAGGUCAUUCCGGAGUCGCAGAUCAUGCGCAGUAGCUCUGUCGCCUCGAGUAUCCGUUCCACAGGCAGCUCGCGUGCGAGCUCGGUAGACUUUGAUUAUGAGAGUGGGAGGGAAAAGGACGACGCGUCGUCUUUCAGGUCCGGCAGGAGGCAGAAAAGGCGUAGCGGAAGUCAGCGGUCCUUGGCUCAACAGAUACAUCGGACCCGCUCCCCCCUUGCUCUCAACCCAGAUCAGCUGCAGCAACAGCAAGCAGCCAUUAUGCGCAAAAAGCCCAUCCGCGACGUCUUCCAGAAUAAAGGCAAGGGCAAGGGGCCAGGGAGAGAAGGCGAAGAAAGUGAUUGGGUGUCGGAGGAUGAAGAUGAGUUUGCAUGUGGCCUGGGGCAGGUAACGAGGAAGGGGGGCGGGGAUGUCAUGUGGAUGAGCGGCCCGCGCUCCUCUCAGUCAUCCACGCCUUCCAAGUCUACUGGCGCGGCGGCCAGCUUUCCGAGUAGCAAGAUCGCUGUGCCGGUCUCCAUGUCUGGCCGUCGAAAGGAGCGUGGGAGAAGGGCAAGUUCCGACGAAGAGAGAGAGGUGGGCAGCAAUGGUAGUAGCGGGAAGAAGAAGGAUGAGGGACUUCAAGGCCUGGGCUUGGAUGUGCGGAGCAGGAGAAACUUGCCGGGGCGAGGGACGACGGCGCCUGGGAUCAUUGAGGAGGAGGAGGAAGAUGAAGAGUGA